AUGGAAAGGGUUUUGUCUCUAGUAAUCAUGAUGAUGAUAGUGUUGCUUCUUCUAUCUUUGUCUGGAGUUGGAAAAUGCAACAAUGCUUACAGCAGAAGUGAUUUCCCAGAGAGCUUCGCUUUCGGAGCAGCGAUAUCUGCUUAUCAGUGGGAAGGAGCUGUUGAUGAAGACGGGAGGAAGCCUAGCGUUUGGGAUACUUUUGUUCACUCUCGUAAAAUAGAUAACGGAGACAUAGCUUGUGAUGGAUAUCACAAGUACAAGGAAGAUGUGAAGCUUAUAGCCGAAACUGGCUUACAUGCAUUCAGAUUCUCCAUCUCUUGGUCUAGGCUACUCAAUGGAAGAGGUUCCAUUAACCCUAAAGGUCUACAGUUCUACAAGAACUUCAUCCAAGAACUUGUCAAACAUGGAAUUGAGCCACAUGUUACACUACAUCACUUCGAUCAUCCUCAGUAUCUCGAGGAUGACUAUGGAGGAUGGAUCAACCGCGAAAUCAUCAAAGACUUUACUGCUUAUGCAGAUGUUUGCUUUAAAGAGUUUGGGAGCUACGUCAAGUUCUGGACCACGAUAAACGAGGGUAAUAUAUUUACUAUUGGAGGUUACAACGAUGGGAAUUCACCGCCCGGUCGUUGUUCUUUACCGGGAAAAAACUGCUUGCUAGGGAACUCUUCCACUGAAACAUAUAUCGUUGGCCAUAACUUGUUGCUUGCGCAUGCCUCGGCUUCAAGACUAUAUAAGCAAAAGUACAAGGAUAUACAAGGAGGUUCUAUAGGCUUUAGCUUAUUUGCAAUACAUUUUACGCCUUCUACGAGCUCCAAAGAUGAUGAAAUCGCGACUCAAAGAGCCAAUGAUUUCUUCUUUGGAUGGAUGCUUAAGCCUCUUAUAUAUGGAGACUAUCCCGAUGCGAUGAGAAAAACCGUUGGAUCAAGACUACCAGUUUUCUCAGAGGAAGAAUCAGAACAAGUUAAAGGCUCAUCUGACUUCAUAGGAAUCAUUCAGUAUCUUACAGCUUCGGUCACAAACAUCGUAACGAACUAUUCUCAAUCCGGGAUCACAGAUUUUUACUCAGACUUAGGCGUCUCUGUUAACCUUUUUUCUCUGGAGGUAAGAUAUGUUGUUUCUCCAUGGGCUAUGGAAGGCAUCCUAGAGUACAUAAAGCAGAGAUAUGACAAUCCUCCUGUCUAUAUUCUUGAGAAUGGUAAAGCAAUGAAACAAGAUUUGGAGCUGCAACAGAAGGACACAGCAAGGAUUGAGUACUUAGAUGCUUACAUUGGUGCAGUGCUCAAAGCCAUUAGGAAUGGAUCAGACACGAGAGGCUACUUCGUAUGGUCAUUUAUGGAUUUGUAUGAGUUACUAAGCGGAUAUGAGAAUAGUUACGGAUUGUACUCUGUCAAUUUCAGCGACCCUUAUCUCAAAAGAUCUCCCAAACUCUCUGCUCAUUGGUACUUUGGUUUUCUCAAGAGCAAAACCAGCUUUCUUGGUUCCCAAGGCAUCAUGCAACUGCAGAGCAACUUCUCGUCGUCGUCCUAG